GUCUUGCUGUCAUCCGGUGGAAGCGUCUCUGGACCCGCAGAGUCAAGAACAUGGCGGCGCUCCGUGUGGUUGUGUUCUCUGGCACCGGGAGAACCCUCCUCAACACAUCCAAAUCCUUUCAUACUCCUCAGGCCAACAUGUCGUUUGCUAGCCUGCCGAAGGGGAAGAAGAUCGCCCUGACCACGAUUGGGGUUCUGACGACAGGAGGAGCGGGUCUGGCUCUAAUGCUGCAACAGUCUGUCAAAGCCUCAGAUUUGGAGCUACACCCACCUUCAUACCCCUGGAGCCACAAUGGCAUGCUAUCCUCCCUCGACCAUGCCAGUAUUCGUCGUGGGUACCAAGUAUAUAAGCAGGUGUGUUCGGCCUGCCACAGUAUGGAGUACCUGGCCUUCCGUAACUUGGUGGGAGUUUCACAUACAGAGCCAGAGGUCAAAACUUUAGCUGAGGAGAUUGAAGUUGUGGAUGGUCCUGAUGAGACAGGAGAGAUGUUCACUCGACCUGGAAAGCUCUCUGAUUAUUUCCCCAAACCCUACCCGAACCCUGAGGCUGCCCGUGUUGCCAACAACGGAGCUCUGCCCCCUGACCUCAGCUAUAUUAUCAGUGCUAGGCAUGGUGGUGAAGAUUACGUGUUCUCUCUUCUGACUGGUUACUGUGAUCCUCCGGCUGGUGUAUCUUUGCGAGAGGGGCUUUAUUACAACCCCUAUUUCCCGGGCCAGGCCAUUGGAAUGGCGCCACCUAUCUACAACGAGGUGCUAGAAUAUGAUGAUGGAACACCUGCCACCAUGAGCCAGGUUGCUAAAGAUGUCUGCACCUUCCUGAGGUGGGCUGCAGAGCCAGAACAUGAUCAACGCAAACGAAUGGGACUGAAGCUAUUGAUGGGUGCUUCUGUCCUUAUUCCCUUGGUCUACUACAUGAAGAGGCACAGGUGGUCUGUGCUCAAGAGCAGAAAGAUCGCCUACAGGCCUCCCAAAUAACGCCAAACCCCGCUGCCUUCACCAGGCGUUGACACAACGUAACAACCUGAUUGUCGAUUGUCCGAUCUUUUUCAGAGUGUUUGAUGCAUCGUGAUAUGGUUGCUUUAAUUUGGGAGAAAAAAUGCUGGACAUCCUAUCAUUUUGGUGUCUUUCUUCCUAAAGGACUUGGGGAGUGGGACCUGAGACAACCUUUGUGUUUUACUGUAAAAUAAAUAUUAUUUGAAUGAAAGGGAAAAGUCAAAAAUACAAGCGCAACCUUCUUGUGAUUUGUGAGAUCUGUCUUUACAGUAGAUUAUCUACACUUUGUUGUGUAAAUAUUUAAUAAAGCUGGUACACCCUAAUUAAAUCCUUAAGGAAUCGUACAGUUUGAACUCGUUUUUUCUGUUUAAUUGUUUAUUCGUUUAGCUGAUGAUUUUAUUGCAAGAAAAAAGAAAAAAUUAAGAAAAACUUAAUACUGGUAAGUAGAAAUUUUGGAGAUCCUCUUUUAAUCUAAUCCAAUAUUUUUUUCAGGCAGUGUUGGUAACGUGGGACAGUCACAGAAGGAAAAUGUAAUCUAUAGAUAUCUAAAAAAUUACGUGCCAUGUUUUUUUAACUUUUCUUAUACACUUUGACCUUAAAAAGAUUUGCCUCAAAUUUCUGUCAUUUUUCUUUAAUAUUGUUUUC